AUGGCUACUUCCUUCCUGCAGAGCUCUUCUUCUACCUAUGGUGGUGGCUUUGGGUGCGGUGGAGGCAGCUCUCGCCUUUCCUCCAUCCGAACAGGGGUAAACUGCCGAGCUCCGAGCAUACAUGGAGGAUCUGGUGGCAGGGGUGUCUCCAUCUCUUCAGCUAGGUAUGUCUCCUCUGUAGGAGGUGGAUAUGGUGGUGGCUUGUGUUCUGGUUUUGGUGGUGGCUAUGGAGGAGGCUACAGUGGCUUUGGUGGAGGAGCUGGCUUUGGUGGAGGAGCUGGCUUUGGUGGAGGAGCUGGCUUUGGGGCAGGAGCUGGCUUUGGGGGAGGUUUUGAAGUUGGUGGUGGCUUUGGUGGUGGCGAUGGCCUUCUCUCUGGAAAUGAAAAGAUAACUAUGCAGAAUCUGAAUGACCGUCUGGCUUCGUACCUGGACAAGGUACGAGCACUGGAAGAGGCAAAUUCGGAUUUAGAAGUUAAAAUCCGAGACUGGUAUCAGAAGCAAGCUCCCAUCAGCCCAGCCCGGGACUACAAUAAUUAUUACAAGAUAAUUGAAGAGCUCCGAGACAAGAUCCUUGCAGCCACUAUUGACAAUUCCAGAGUCGUUCUGGAGAUUGACAACGCCAGGCUGGCUGCAGAUGACUUCAGACUGAAGUAUGAGAAUGAGUUGUUCCUGCGCCAGAGCGUAGAGUCCGACAUCAACGGCCUGCGCAGGGUCCUGGAUGAGCUGACUCUGUCCAGAGCUGACCUGGAGAUGCAGAUUGAAACCCUGAAGGAGGAGCUGGCCUAUCUAAAGAAGAACCAUGAGGAGGAAAUGAAAGAGUAUUCAAAUCAGCUCAGUGGAACAAUCAACGUGGAAAUGGAUGCGGCUCCUGGCGUCGACCUGACCAGAAUUCUCUCUGAGAUGAGGGAACAGUACGAAGCUCUGGCGGAGAAGAACCGUAAAGAUGCUGAGGCCUGGUUCCUCACUCAGACCGAUGAACUGAACCGCGAAGUAGCCACCCAUACGCAAGAGAUACAGACCAGCAAAUCGGAGAUCACAGAACUGAGACGCACGGUCCAGGGCCUGGAGAUUGAGCUCCAGUCGCAGCUCAGCAUGAAAGCCGGACUGGAAGCCAACUUGCGAGAUACAGAAGCACGAUACUGCGCACAGCUGGCACAGAUUCAGGCCCUCAUCACCAGCGUCGAGGAGCAAUUGAGUGAACUUCGAUGUGACAUGGAGCGUCAGAACCAGGAGUACAGAAUGCUCAUGGACAUCAAAACUCGCCUGGAGCAAGAAAUCGCCACGUACCGCCAGUUGCUGGAGGGCCAGGACUCUCAGAUGUCAGGAGUGAUCCCUAAGGAUGGAUCUCUGAGUGGAAGAACUCGUGUGGGCAUGGAAGAUGAUGGAAAACCUUCUACUCGUGAAAGGAGAUUCUAA